UGCAGUGUUGAUCGGGACACCCAUUCAUCUGAUUUUAGGAGCACUUUCACCCUGCUUCCUGACGUAACAUCUCUUUUCUUUUUUUUUUCUAUCUCUCCUUUCGCAAUGCGAGGAUACAUUUUCCUCUGGUUUUUAAUAUGACCGCCUCGUUGCUGUACAGUCACCAGGGGGCAUGCACAUAGUAAUAAUAAUAAUAAUGCAUUUCAGGAAAGCCUGCUACGACGAGCCUCCAUCGUUUCCACCAGAUCGUUUGAGUGCAAACACCGGCCGUGUGAUGGAGAUGUGCAUUUAGGUUCAUGUGUCCAGCGGGACUGCCCCUGGGCUUUUUUUUCGGGAAGAUCAUAUUGGAUCAUAUUGUUUGCAGGACGUUGUUCCUGCAGCCCCCCCAGUCUAUCCCGACGUAGUUGUGAAUUGAACAUGGCGACUGUACCAGUAUAUUGCAUCUGCAGAUUACCUUACGACGUGACCCAGUUUAUGAUCGAGUGCGAUGCUUGCAAGGACUGGUUCCACGGCAGCUGUGUUGGGGUGGAUGAAGAUGACGCUCCAGACAUUGACAUUUAUCACUGUCCAAACUGUGAGAAGACCCACGGCAAAUCCACAUUGAAAAAGAAAAAGAACUGGAGCAAACAUGACACGGGACAAAGCACAGAUAUCAAAGCUGUUCAGAACGGCAGUCAAGUUUUCAUAAAGGAGCUGCGCAGUCGGACAUUUCCCAGUGCUGAGGAUGUGGUGGUGAAGCUGACCGGCAGUCAGCUGACCCUGGAGUACCUGGAGGAGAACGGCUUCAACGAGCCCAUCCAGGUCCUGAAGAAAGACGGGCUCGGCAUAUCCAUGCCUGCUCCCACGUUUUACAUCAGCGACGUCGAAAACUACGUUGGUCCUGAUGUUGGUGUCGAUGUCGUUGACGUUACCAAACAGACUGACAGCAAGAUGAAGCUCAAGGAGUUUGUCGAUUAUUACUACAGCACAAACAGAAAGAAAGUUUUAAAUGUCAUCAAUCUGGAAUUUUCAGACACAAGGAUGAACAGCAUAGUGGAGAGUCCCCAGAUCGUGCGGCGGCUGUCCUGGGUCGAAAACUACUGGCCCGAUGACGCUCUGCUCGGAAAGCCCAAAGUCACCAAAUACUGUCUGAUCUGUGUGAAGGACAGCUACACAGACUUCCACAUCGAGUGCGGCGGCGCCUCCGUCUGGUACCAUGUGCUCAAGGGGGAGAAGAUCUUCUUCCUGAUCAAGCCCACCUCUGCCAACCUGUCUCUGUACGAGCGCUGGAGAUCGUCGUCAAAUCACAGUGAAAUGUUCUUCGCCGAUCAGGUGGACAAGUGCUACAAAUGCACGCUGAAGCAAGGGCAGACUCUGUUCAUCCCAUCAGGUUGGAUCAAUGCAAUACUGACCCCGGUCGACUGUUUGGCGUUCUCUGGACACUUCGUCCACAACCUGAGCGUGGAGAUGCAGAUGAGAGCGUAUGAAGUAGAGAAGCGGCUAAAGGUCAAAACACUCACCCCUUUCCCCAACUUUGAGACGGCGUGCUGGUAUGUGGGACGGCAUCUCCUCGAGCGAUUCAAAGGUUUACAUAAAGCAAAUAAGCAGCCAGCUCCCUACCUGGUACACGGUGCCAAAAUCAUUAAUGGAGCAUUCAGAGCGUGGACUAAAAAGCAGGCCCUUCUUGAACAUGAGGAUGAGCUUCCAGAGAACAUGAAACCAACACAGCUCAUUAAGGAUCUUGCCAAAGAGAUCAGAAUUUCAGAGAACGCCACAAAAGCCAUUAAAAGUGAGCCCAGCAUCAAGGUGCCAGUGGAGGAGCCACCGUCCACCCACUCCGAGCCUGAGGAGCCUGUCUCCCCGGCCCACGUACCCUCGCCCAGCAGAGAGAAAACAGCCCGAAAGAAAGCAUCCAAACUCCCCAAACCACCCAAGCCACCCAAGCCCCCAAAGAUGCCCAAGGCCCCCAAGCCCCCGAAGGUGCCGAAGGUCAAGGAAGGAGGGAAGAAGAAGGGAAAGAAAGUGAAAGAGCCCACGCCGCCUCCCAAACCAUCCAGCUUUGCGGCGCUGGAGUCCCAUGCAAAGGACAUCUUGAGUAAGAUGGACCAGCCGAAGAAAGGGAAGGCUGUUAAGAAUGUCCUGAGUAUGUCAGAGAAGGAAAUAUCAAAGCAGAACAACAUGGAGAAGUUUGAAAUCAGAGAACAGAAUAAAAACAAGACCGAGGCGAAAUGGAAGUAUAAGAAUAGUAAACCAGACUCCCUGCUGAAAAUGGAGGAGGAGUGCAAAUUUGACAGAACGCUGCUGUCAAGCAAUAAAGACAAGUUCAGCUUUACCAUGUCUCACAAGAAAAUGCUCGGCUCCAAGACACUGAAACCUCAGACCAACUCAAGUGUUUUUGGAUCAUUACAAAACCUAAAAGAGGACAAAGCCAAGCCAGUGAGAGACGAGUACGAGUACGUCUCAGACGAGGGCGAGCUGAAGAUAGACGAGUUCCCCAUCAGGAGGAAAAAGAAUGCCGUUAAGCGAGACUUGUCCUUUUUGUCAAACAUCAGAGAACCCAUUCAGCCAGCCAAAAAACCAAAGCUCCAACCCUCGAUGACCAAGAGCGUCGACUCCUCAGAUGAAGAGUCUCUACACAUAGACACGGAGGCCAAACCUGAGGUCAAAGGUCGCAACUCGAAGGUCAAGAAGAAGGGUGGCAGCGCCGCUGGGAUUCUCGACCUGCUACAGGCCAGCAAGCAAGUGGGUGGGAUCGACUACAGCGCCAACAGUCAGCCACCUGCAUCCCCCAGCACACAGGAGGCCAUUCAGGGCAUGCUGUCCAUGGCCAACCUGUCGUCUUCAGACAGCUUGCAGCAGCCCUGGAGCAACAGCCAAUCCAAAAACAAUAGCCAGUCGAAGAACAACUCGCACAGCACGCAGACCAGCAAGAAGGGUGGCGGCGGCGGCGGAGGGGGAGGCGGCGGCGGCAGCAGCAGCAACAACAACAGCAAGCGGCCCACGAAACGCGUCCCGAAGAAACCCAGGAAAAGCAGCAGUAUUGACAGCAUGGAUUACGACGACGACCAGGAUCACAUGGAUGCGUGUUUCAAGGACUCCGACUAUGUUUACCCUUCGCUGGAGUCUGAAGAGGAUAAUCCUGUUUUCAAAUCCAGAUCGAAAAAAAGGAAAAGCUCUGAUGACACUCCAUACAGCCCAACAGCCCGUGUUGGACCCUCGGUUCCUCGACAGGAGAGGCCGGCGAGAGACGGGGCCCGAGUGGCCUCCAUAGAGACGGGAUUGGCCGCUGCUGCAGCCAAGCUUUCCCAUCAGGAGGAGCAGCAGAAAACCAAGAAGAAGAAGAAAAGCACCAAAAAGAAGGCAAUAGUGAUUGAGGAGCCCCCGAAAAUCUCUCAGGACAGUAGCUCGCCAGAGCACAAUCUGGACUCCCAAGACGGCAACCUGACAGACCACGAGUACAACACUGGAACAGGCAAGUCGCCGGGGGGGCCGCAGCCCAUGGCGCCGGGAGUUUUCCUCACCCAGCGGCGACCGUCCACGUCUUCGCCCAACAACAGCACCAACGCCACGAGCACCAACAACAGCAGCACGGCAAAAGGGGAUCGCGGAGGAUCAGCAGAUGCCAAAGCGAAGCGGCUAAAGAAAGGCAUGGCAACGGCCAAACAGAGACUCGGAAAGAUUUUAAAGAUCCAUCGAAAUGGAAAGCUCCUUCUGUAGCAUGCAGCAGACUGUUGUAGGACUGGGAUUUCAUGAGCUGGGUCCUAUCCCGAUCUCACCCCUCGUCACUGAUGAAAGCCAACAACGGAAGAAAUUAAAGGAGAAAAAAAAUACAAAAAAAAACAAACAAAAGAAAAACUGAAAUGAGACGGGAGAAGAAGCAAAUCAUGCAUUUUUCAAUUUCUAAGAAGAACAUCACUCAAAUAGGUUUUUGCCUCUACUUAUACUUUAUAACUUUCAGAUAUUAAAGUGUACAGAACCUACUAUAAAUAUUUUUUAAGAGAACAUGUCUCAUUUUACUACAGCUGUCAGUUUAUCAGGGGUUGCUAAAAAACAUGAAGUAGAAGUACAUUGCAGUCAUUCCAAGAUUUCUGAAAGUAUCCCUUGCAUGUAUUCAGUUGCAUGUGCGCUUGGGUCAGGGUCUGGGGAUUUUACAGAUAAUUCUUACUCUAUGGAUGCAGCUUAUCAUUGCCACGUCGAUGAUGACGAUUUCGAGUUGAGAUGGAAAACUUUCAGCGUUUUCGUGCGGAUUCCUCCUCCCUUCUGAGCCAGCACUCUCCAUAAUAUCGCAGACCACGGCUUUGACUGAAGUUAAUUCAAGCAUUUAUCUGUUACUUUUUUUUUAUAUAUAUAUAAUUAUUAUUAUUACACUUAUUUCUGCAAAGCACUAUCAGUGGUGAUAUUUAUAGGAACCGAACGCCACAAAUGGAACUUAUUAAACAACUGUAAAGCACAAAGUGAGCUGAUGUGUAUGAAAUGGAAACAGCAAUCCGGGCGCCGUGUUGAGAAAUAUUUUUUUUUGCAGUACAACAUUUUAUGCAGUCUUUGUCUAAUCCAGUGUAAUCACAUAUAUACAAAUGUAUCAGUAAAUGGGACAUUUGGCAUAAUUAUAGCUGAAUGUUGCCUCACCAAAUAGUUUUUUUUUUUGUCUUUUAUUAGAAACAUUUGCAGGCGGUAUGGACAGAUGGCAGUCAGUGAUUGGAGUUUUUGUGUGUUUUGACAUGGAGAGCGUCGGAUUUCUGAGGCGGUAACACUAAGUGGGACCCAGCGGCCAAUGAUAAGCCUCAUCCAUGUCAGGUCUGCGGUUACAUGGGGAUACUUUCUCUCUUCUUUUGCUUUCACAGGCAGCACCGAGAACCUAGACUGAUCUCUGCGUUUUUACCGCUUCACACAGUACACAGUAUAUAGAAUGUAGCUUGUACAUAGCCUUUUAAAUUACUACUUUUUGUAUCCUUUUCCCUUAAGGCUUAAUUCUACAUUUUUACCAGUUUUGCUAAUUAUGAACAAAAAAUUAUAUAAAUAUAUAUAUUAAAAAAAAUAUAUAUGAAUAUAUAGUCCUAACCUUUAAACUUUCAGACUUUUUUUUUGUUUGUUUUCUUUUGUUUUUAAAAACAGCAGAGUUUCAUUUUUAACCUUUCUUUUCUUUCUUUCUUUUUUUUUUGUUGUUGUUGUAGUUAGACUUAAGGUGUUGCCUGGAAACCAACUGAAGAAAAAAAAAUACAUUUAUCGUCAUAUGGCCUUACAUACACAAAGCUAACUGUAUUGUGAUUCUGUUUGAACAAGAGACGAAGCUUUGAGGAAAAAUUAUAUAAAAGGUAGAAAAAACCAAUAAAAAUGAAAAAAAUAAAUAAAUAAAUAAAAUGUAAAAAAAAAAAACAAAAAAAAAAAACAAAAAAAAAGUACACACAUAACAAAGUUUCUAUGACCAGCCUCUUGUUCAAGUUCUAGUAUCCUGAAGGGUUUCAGAAUUAUUUUACUAGCACCUUGUGAAGUGUUUAUGUGUCAGUGAUGUAAUUUAUUAAUGUUUGUAGCUUUUUAUACUUGUACAAUUCUUAAGAGUUUUUUGGUUUUGAAUAUUUCAUCAACUUGUGAAAUUACCCCUAGCAAACUAAAAAUUUUCGUUUUUUUUUUUAAUUAUUAUUUUAUUUUUAUAAUUUUUUUUUUUUUUUUUUUUUUUGGUGUGUGUGGGGGGCAUCAAUUUUUACACUCUAGAAGUCUGUGUUAGAAAAACAUUUUUUUUUUUUUUUAUAUUCAUCCUGUCCUCACUCGUCAAAUGUUAUCAUGGUCAGCAUUUAAGAUGUUACAUAUUAUUAUUAUUAUUAUUAUUAUUAUUAUUAUUGUUAAUAUUACUACUAAAGCAGCUACAUUGAAGCCUCCAUCAUGCCGUUUUCUUUUGGUCAGAACAUAUAUGUACAUUUUAACACAGUUUAAUGUGCUAUACUCAAUAGCAGUGUUUUAGUCACAGGUGUAAAUCAUGCGUCCACCUCUUGGAACUGAGAUGCGCUCCGAUCAAACUUUGUCAGUGGGACAUUUUCAGGUUUUUAUUUGUACAAAAAUGUGUGUUGCUUUGUUGUGGUUUAUUUUUGUAUGUCCGACCUAUUAAAUGCAUCCACUGUGCCAGGACAGUGAAUGAUA